AUGGUUGUCGUUGCGAUUGCUGGAGGAUCCGGAAAACUCGGUAGUGCCAUCGUCGACGUUUUAGUCGAGCGAGGCAAACAUGAGGUCAUCGUUCUGACGAGAGAGGUAUGGGUUUUACCGCCCUUUGAUGAGUUUUUGGAACUUCGACACGAACGUUGGGCGAAACAGAAAAGCAAUACCGGAGAAUACGAAGGCGGACAGACCACCGUCAGCGUUCAGUACGACAAUGUUCAGAGCUUGACGGACACCCUCGAGUCGCGUAAAGUCGAGGUCCUGAUUUCGACACUCGAUCCACAGUCCGGAUUGGAUCCUGAGCUUAAUCUCAUCAAAGCGGCGGACGCUUCGUUGACGACAAAGCGAUACAUUCCAAGUUUGUGGGGCAUCAAAUACACUCCUGAGACAGCAGAAAUUUCACCUAUUGCUCGAACCAAACUGGUCUUUUACGAUGCGCUCAACAAAACGUCUCUGGAGUGGACAGCAUUUGCCAACGGAUACUUCCUGGACUACUAUCUGGCCCCCCAUGUCAAGACAUACAUGCCUCCCACCGCUUUGGCGAUCGAUGUACAGAACGCCACGGCAGCGAUUACUGGAACCGGUGAUGUUCCUGUCGUCUUUACCUACAAUUUUGACAUUGCUCGCUUCGUCGCCGCAGCGUUGGGCCUUCCCAAAUGGGAUAAGACGUCCUAUGUGAUAGGAGACAGGGUCACGCUGAACGAGUUCCUCAGCAUAGUUGAGGAGGCCCGAGGCGUCAGGUUCAGUGUCGUCAAGGAUUCGUUGGAGGAUCUGAAGGCAGGCAGGGUCACCGAACUGCCGUCUCAUCCUCCACUGUAUCCCUUCUUCCCCAAACCUCAUCUUCAAAGCCUGUUCGCCAGCUUUGAACGCCUGUUUGAGGAGGGGCAUUUUGAUAUGAAGCCAGAAACAUCGUUGAACGAUGUCUUCCCGGACAUCAAAACCAAGACUGUCAGAGAUGGGCUGUUGGAGGCAUGGAAGCGUGGUUGA